GUGUGCUUAAGGCCGUGUUCGCAUACAGCGUUAACGAUGUUCUUUCGAGCUGGUUUUGGCUUGAUCGACAAGGUGUUGUUGAAUUUGUCUCAAGGUCUUGCCGGCUGCUGGGUUCGCAUUUGGUCAGAAGGGUACCUUCGACACCCCUCACCGCUGCUCCUGCGCUUGCUGUGACUGGAGGAUGGCUGUACGUUUGGUGAUCCGAAGUACAUCAUUGGCGCGUACGGUUCAUGCCAAUAUCAAUCUUGCCGACGUCACGAUCCAUCCUCAACAAUCGUCAUACAGCAUUACCAACAGCUUUACGUUGUACAGCAACGAUAAAAUGCAAACACUGUUGGUCAACUUCCAAUGCUGUUUUGCUGCAAUGUAUGAGCGGGCAGGUGUAGCCAGAAUCAACCUUUUGUGCCAAAUACCCUUCUCUCGGGUCCGCUCCAGAAAGCUUAGGUGUCGCCGGGCCACGCUGUUGCUACCCUGGGGGAUCAGACGUGGGAAUCCCUCAUGCUGUUAGUGUGUUCUUCAGUGAUUCAAACAUGUGCGUCCGGCUGUGUUCCUCGGAUUAUUUCUGCUGAAAGAGGAUUAUUGCGUGUCUGGGAUGUCGCCCGACGUCCGCAAGUGGAAAGCGUUCAAUACGAAAAGGCCAUAUAUAUUUGUCUGCGUGAUGGCCGGUGACAAGUGAUAUGGUGCUGGCUGUGGCGACAAGGUCCUCGCGUAGGACGAGAAGAUGUUUGGUGGUGAUAGGCCGAGUACCCGAAAGAGUCUACGAAUCAAAUGCUCGAGUCGGCUUAGGACGUCGCUCCCGAGAGGGAGCACGCGUAAGCGAGGUUCGUGAUUUUUGCACCAUUGCCGUGACAU